AUGGGAAAAGAGAAGAUCCAUAUCAAUAUUGUGGUGAUCGGCCAUGUGGACUCUGGUAAAUCCACCACUACUGGGCAUCUGAUCUACAAAUGUGGUGGGAUUGACAAGAGGACUAUUGAGAAGUUUGAGAAGGAAGCGGCUGAGAUGGGGAAGGGCUCCUUCAAGUACGCCUGGGUGCUGGACAAGCUCAAAGCCGAGAGGGAGCGAGGGAUCACCAUCGACAUCUCCCUGUGGAAAUUCGAGACCCCUAAAUACUACAUCACCAUAAUUGAUGCUCCUGGCCACAGGGACUUCAUCAAGAACAUGAUCACGGGUACCUCUCAGGCUGACUGUGCAGUCCUGAUCGUGGCAGCUGGCAUGGGAGAGUUUGAAGCCGGCAUCUCCAAGAACGGGCAGACCCGGGAGCAUGCCCUGCUGGCCUAUACCCUGGGGGUGAAGCAGCUCGUCGUUGGGGUGAACAAGAUGGACUCCACCGAGCCCCCUUACAGCGGCAAGCGCUACGAGGAGAUCACCAAGGAAGUGAGCGCCUACAUCAAGAAGAUCGGCUACAACCCAGCCACGGUGGCCUUUGUGCCCAUCUCUGGGUGGCAUGGGGACAACAUGCUGGACAUCAGCUCCAAAAUGCCGUGGUUCAAAGGUUGGAAAAUUACCAGGAAGGAAGGGAAUGCUGCAGGGACAACACUGAUGGAAGCUCUGGAUUCCAUCAUCCCUCCUUCCCGCCCUACAGACAGGCCUCUUCGCCUGCCUUUGCAGGAUGUCUACAAGAUCGGUGGUAUUGGCACCGUCCCCGUGGGCAGGGUGGAAACUGGUAUCAUGAAGGCUGGCAUGGUGGUGACUUUUGCUCCCAGCAACAUCACCACAGAGGUGAAGUCCGUGGAGAUGCAUCACGAGGCUCUGGCAGAGGCGUUGCCUGGUGACAACGUGGGCUUCAAUGUGAAGAACGUGUCAGUGAAGGAUAUCCGCCGGGGAAACGUGACCGGGGAUAGUAAGAACGAUCCUCCCAUGGAGGCGGGCAGCUUCACAGCCCAGGUGAUCAUCUUAAACCACCCAGGGAAAAUAGCCGCUGGCUACUCUCCAGUCUUGGACUGCCACACGGCCCAUAUCGCAUGCAAGUUUGCUGAGCUGAAGGAGAAGAUCGACCGCCGAUCUGGCAAGAAACUGGAGGACAAUCCCAAGGAACUGAAGUCCGGAGAUGCAGCCAUUGUUCAGAUGAUCCCUGGCAAGCCCAUGUGUGUGGAGAGCUUUUCUGACUACCCUCCGCUUGGUCGUUUUGCUGUCCGCGACAUGAGGCAGACAGUGGCGGUCGGUGUAAUCAAGGCAGUGGACAAGAAAGCCAGUGUGGCUGGCAAAGUCACCAAGUCAGCUGUGAAAGCCAGCAAAAAAUAA